AUGGCGUCGAAACGAGCCGCCAGGGCACUCCAAGCUCGAUUGACACAGUGUCAACCCCACACCAUCACCCGGAGCAAAAUCCUCGCACCAACCACGACCCCCCAACAAACCCGCUCGCAAUCCUCCUCCACCAGCGCAAUGUCCUACAAAGCCCUCCACCGCCGCAUCGCCCCUCUCCCUACCGCGACCCCAAGCUCCGGCCCCAUCACCCCCGCCACAGCCGUCUCCAGCAUCCUCUACGAGACUCCACUCCCCUCCUCCGCACCCCCCAAACGACACAUCCUCAACUGUCUCGUGCAAAACGAACCGGGAGUCUUGAGUCGCGUGUCUGGUAUCUUGGCCGCUCGAGGCUUCAACAUCGACUCGCUAGUGGUCUGCAGUACGGAAGUCCAAGACCUUUCACGCAUGACGAUCGUACUACAAGGUCAAGAUGGAGUGGUAGAGCAAGCGCGACGACAACUAGAGGACCUCGUGCCCGUAUGGGCAGUCCUAGACUAUACUGCCGCCCCUCUAGUCCAACGCGAACUCCUCCUGGCCAAGAUCAGUAUCCUAGGCCCAGAGUACUUCGAGGAACUCCUCGCUCACCACAGAGAAAUGACCGACUACCCAUCAGAACAAAGCCACGCGAUGCCAACAGAAGAUCUGACACCAGAUCAAUUAGCGGAUCGACAAGAAGCCGCGGGUGACCACCAGCAACAAUCACCACAAUAUGAUUUCCAUCCCAGUAAUCUCGCGCCUUCGGAGGCGUUGAGACUAAAACAUCAGCAUCUUGAAACCAUCACGUAUCUGACUCAUCAGUUCAAGGGGAAGGUAUUGGACAUCAGUACGAACAACUGUAUCGUGGAGCUCUCUGCGAAACCAUCAAGGAUAGAUUCGUUCAUGAAGUUGAUCAGUCCAUUCGGGAUUCUGGAGAGCGCCAGGACGGGUCUGAUGGCACUACCUCGCUCGCCGCUCCACGGCACGAAUGAGAUUGAGGAGAAGGAGCCGGAGGAUAUUGUGGACACGGCUUCCUUGCCACCCAGCUAG